AAAAUCCGCCAUAUUGAGCUCAGCGGAAUGCGCUGGCAGGGGAGAGAAUAUCCACAACAUUGAAAAUAGGUAAAGGAGAUAUAGGGCAGACAGAUGACACAGACUGUCCAGACAAAUGGGGUGCAACCCCUUAGCAAGACCUGGGAGCUCAGUCUCUAUGAAUUACAGAGAAGUCCUCAGGAAGCCAUCACAGAUGGUCUGGAGAUAGCCGUGUCUCCACGCAGCUUGCACAGUGAGCUCAUGUGUCCCAUCUGCCUGGACAUGCUGAAAAACACCAUGACCACCAAGGAAUGCCUACAUCGCUUCUGCGCAGACUGCAUCAUCACUGCUCUCAGAUCAGGGAAUAAGGAGUGUCCAACAUGCAGAAAGAAGCUGGUGUCUAAGCGAUCCCUCCGUCCAGAUCCCAACUUUGACGCCCUGAUCAGUAAGAUCUACCCCAGCAGAGACGAGUACGAGGCACACCAGGAGAGAGUGAUGGCCCGCAUCAGCAAAAACCACAACCCACUUGUACUCAACCACAGUAUUGAGGAAGGCCUAAAAAUCCAAGCCAUGAACAGAUUACAACGGGGGAAGAAGCACCAGAUUGAGACUGGCAGUGGGGCAGAUGACAAUGGGGACAGCUCACACUGCAGCAAUGCAUCAGUGCACAGUAACCAAGAGGCCGGGCCAAGCAUCAAACGAACCAAAACUUCAGACGACUCUGGUCUAGACAUGGACAAUGCCACAGAGAAUGGAGGAGGAGACAUGGCCUUGGACGGAGCCAGUGAGAUUGAGCUGGUGUUCCGCCCACACCCAACGCUGAUGGAGAAAGAAGAUGCUGCACUAACAAGAUACAUCAAAACUUCAGGGAAUGCAACAGUGGACCACCUCUCUAAGUACCUAGCCGUCAGACUGGCCCUGGAGGAGUUGCGCAAGAAUGGAGAGGCAAGCCCCAUCAACGUAGAUGCAGCCAGUGAAAAACAGUACACCAUCUACAUUCCCACAGCCAACAACCAGUUUACGGUCCUGAAUGGCUCCUUCUCCCUGGAGCUGGUGAGCGAGAAGUACUGGAAAGUCAACAAGCCUAUGGAGUUGUACUUUGCCCCAACAAAGGAGCACAAAUAAAUUCAGCAAGACAUGAAGGCCCAAGCAAGUCCAGGACAGACUGAUGGUUCGUCCUCUCUUCUCUCUCCCUCUUUCUAUCUUUUUUUCGCUGUUCCUCCUCGUCUGGAGAAUAAUAUUUUCUGGGGCCCCAGGUCCUCAAUAACUGUGGCUGCUUGGUUUGUUUUUUAAUUGUCUUUUUGAAUGGGAACGAGACCAAGGUUGAUCCAUGUGAAUAUGGUGGGAAGGCCAUGGGAGUCAAACCAGUGUGUGGAUUAAUUUUCCUCCUACAUCCUUUCAAUUGACAAUCAUUUAAUUGAUAUAUGUUGAGGCCUUUCAUCAAGAGGACACUGACAUUGCCUUCAACAUCUGCAAUCAUGACAUUGAGGAAUUAUUACUGAGUGCUUCAUGAAAGACGCCGUUUUUGGAAGAUGGAUGUGUCCUUGAUAUCAAACUAGACUGACUUUCAUUAAGCUGUAAGAGAUUUUAAGUACAACUUCUGUAGCAGCAACAAUUGUUGACUAACAUGAUUGCAUUUUCCACUGUGUACCAGUACGUGACGAGAGAACGCGAUGGCUUAUGUCAUGCGACUGUCUUUUCACUAGUUUGUACUACUGUGUUGGUCGAUCAUGUUACAUCAGGUGUUUUGGGGAUUGUACAUACUACACCACUUUAUAGUAUGCCUGGGUGAACUACCUGGAAAAUGUAAAGCUACACCAAUAUGACGGCUGUUAUGCGACUACAAAUUGAAAGAACUUAAGCUGUCAGUUGUACAUGAAGAUGGUCCCUGUUUCGAUAGUCAUAUUUCAUUGGAGGCAACUUUUUAGAGCAUGAAGUACUUUUAGUUUGACAUCCUUGACAUACUUAUGAGUUCAUGUUGUUUUUUUGAAAGAAAAAAAAUGUAUACAGCAUUUGUUGUUUGGAAAAUAAAAAACAAAACAAAUUAUGGUGUC